AUGACUGAAGGAGUUACACUCUAUAUUUCAGGUCUUUCGUUUAAUGUUAAUGAGUCGCAUCUUCGUGAGAUCUUCGGACAUAUCGGAAAAGUGGCUGAAACUAAGAUUGCAAGAAAUAAAUUUGGACAAUCUUUAGGUUGGGGCUUAGUAACGUACGGAGAUAUUACAGAUCCUGCAGAACCUAUAAGUUUCAUGAAUAAUGGUCAAAUAGAUGGAUGCAGAGUCGUUGUUCGAGUGGCUGAUCCAGAAAAAGAUAAAAUUGAAUAA